AUGUCCCAGGCUCCCGCGUGUGACUACUGUCGACAUCGGAAACGCAGAUGUGAUCGAGAAACACCGAGAUGCUCACUAUGUGUGAUAAAGAACAAGGAGUGCCGCUAUACCGAGCACAUGCGAUGGGUGUUCCCUGAUCAGUCAUCAAUGCGAGAGGAGACACCAGACCUGGAGAGUAGUAGUCAACGUUCAAGUCAACCUUCUGGCGAUGUAGUCGAAUUUCCCGGCGUUUACUUUCUGGAUCGAGACGUUUUCGACAAGUCCGGCGUCACCAUCCCCGUCGCCAAGUUCCAACUGGACCAGAGUAUUCUCACCACAUUCGAUCAGGCAUCGGAGAUAUCAAGCAGAUAUUUCACCUGGAUACAUUUGUGGAUGCCGAUAGUUUCGAAAGCGAAAUGGAAACGUAUAACAGGACCUCUGGCUCGACCCAAUUGUGAUGUUAAAUUACUGCUCUUUGCGAUGAAGGUGCUUCUAUGGACACCCCCUGAUCAGGUAGCCUUGCGGAACCCACGACACCAAGACUACCUGCUAUUGAAGCACCACCUUUCGAGGGCACAGGAUGCUGGUGUCUUGAGUCUGGAAUUGCUUCAGACCUGGAUUCUGGUCACGAUAUACGAGUACUCACAUGCAAUCUACCCUGCCGCAUAUGUAUCAAUCGGCGUUUGUUUUCGAUACAGCCUAGCUCUUGGGAUAAAUAAGCAGCGUCGGAAUGAGAUGGACACGGCUUCGACGACCAGUGACGCAACAGAGGAGAGAAGAAGGGUAUGGUGGUCUGUUGUCAUACUGGAUCGGAUGGUCUCACGAUCCUCGGACGGGCCUGAACCCCGAUCAGAUGAUUUGUUACCAGUUCUCGACCAGGCCUGGGACGACGGCAAGAUUGACCAUAGUGGCAGUUGUCCUGUCUCUGCACCGUCAAGCACAAAUAUGGGCAUGCUAGCGCGACUUGCACAAUCGGCUUUCUUGCUGGGAAGGGUGUAUCGCUGGAAAAACCAUCCCACAGGAGAUGUGGAUUUUGAUCGGUCCGAAAAGCAUCAACUUGACCGGGCAUUGCGCGCCCUUCUCAACCUCACAUAUGAAGAAGGGGCUGUUUUUUUGAUGGCAAUCUGCCCACAGAUAGCCCUCUGUUUCAGCGCUUUGGUAUUGUUACACAGCGACGAUCCCAUCCCUAGAUCUUCGCUAACAAGCCAUGACGCCAUAUCCACAGUCGAUGGAUUGUAUAAAGCAAGCGUGCAAGACGACACCACCGCUGCCAUUCAGACGCUGAUCUUCCUACGCCCAAUCGCAACUGAAUCAAACGCCAAUAUUCAACUGUUUUUCCGAAGACAGCCAUGGUCGAUUGAAACAUCGUCCCCGUUACUCUUGCACUGGACCUAUCUCACCGCUGUAACUUUCUUACAGAUCAACAAUUGUCUGCGAAAAGUUCAAGGCUCUUCGGAACUUGAUGCAGCAUUUCUAGAACACACCAAAGGUUUUCAAAAGGAGGCUGAACUGGGUGCAGAGUCCAUGAAGAGAAAGCUGUCGCUGCUAGGGAAGCAGUGGUUGGCAGCAGAUACAUAUCUCAAAAUGAUAGAAGCUCGGGAAACUGGGAUGGAUGAUUGA